CUCAAGCAUGGAAGGUCUGGGAAAACAAGCACUAGAGGGACUUGGACUUCUAGCUGAGCUCGGCGAGCUUGCGCAGCAGGCUGCCAUCCUUGGGAACAUGGGUAACCUCUAUACCGAGCGUUAUUUGCACACAUGUCGCCAUGGUUAUACAUCUCAAAAUGUGCUUGCCAUAUGUGACUUUGACAUGAGGUUUACCUUUGUUGUUGCUGGUUGGCCUGGCUCUGCACAUGACACAAGAAUCCUACAUCAUGCUUUAGCAAAUUUUCCUUCAUUUCCUGUACCUCCUAAAGGAAAAUACUACCUUGUUGACUCGGGUUAUCCAAACCGAAUUGGGUAUCUUGCUCCUUCCAAAGGGAGUACAUACCAUCUACCAGAGUUUCGUGGUGAUGCAUUGGCGGGGAGAGCUGGCGGCAAGGGGAUAUGCACUCCGUGA